AUGGCCUCUAUCAAAUGGUCCAAAGUCCACAGAGUCACCAAUCUUCCUGAACAUGUAGACCGCCUCGCAACGACCGAGCUGUUGGCUGACUGCAUACCCGGACUUGGGGUCGGAGACAUCCAAGUGUGCUCUCUCGCCACUGCUGUUGACAGCCAGUCCAAGAAGAUAGCAACUGUCAUUUUCAGGGCUGAAACGAAUGCUUUGAGUGAAUCUUCGGGUAAAGAUAGAUGGGAAUUUCGGGUUUCUGGAUGCGCCGACCCCAUCGUCUUGGAUGUUCACUUCUAUGGGCUGACACCUUUGAAUGAUGUUCAUUACACAGCUCACGCGAAUGACUGCGUUGUUAUUUCCGGGCUAGGGAGUCAUCCUAUGGGAUCCUGGCAGCCAAGGGGAGACAAGACAUUCAUGUGGAUUCGAGACUCGUUACCCGGCUUACUGGAUGAUAUCAGAUUCAUCCUCUACGGCUAUAAUACCAAGCUGCUAGACAGCAAAUCCAUCCAAGCUGUCCCUGAUUUGGCGAGAUCAUUCAUAGCUGCUCUCCAAGCUGGCAAUUGGAUGUCAAAGCCGCUGAUCUUUCUUGCUCACAGUCUCGGUGGUGUCUUAAUGAAACAGUCCAUUGUUGCGUUGGAGGGAACACAAGAAGAUCAACAGAUUUUGGACCUGAUCAGAGGAGGUAUUUUUUUUGGUGUGCCAAGCGUCGGAAUGUCAGUGCAAGACCUUGAAAAUAUGAUCGGCGAGCAGCCAAACAGGGUGCUUAUUAAUUGUCUGUCGGAUAAUUUUAACUUCGUGCGAAACCUCGAGGAGCAUUUCGAGCGGGUCUCAUCUCCGCGUAUGAGGGUGGUUUGGGCUUAUGAAACGCAGGAAACUCUUGGUCUUUCUAAAUCUGAUGGAUCAUGGAAGAGAUCUGGACCCGCAGCCGUCAUGGUGUCGCCGUCUUCAGCUACGGGAGGACGGCAUAAAUUUAUACCAGGAGACCCAGCCCCGAUUAGAUCAAAUGAUGAAUGGAUCGUACAAAUCGACGCCGACCACUCGAACAUGGUCAAAUUCGCCAUGGGCGACCAGUUGAUAAUGACUAUGGCAGACAAAAUACGACAGAUUUUGGGCAACAAGAUUCAGCACGCAGGUGAGCGUCGCUUGGAUGACAGGCUUUUCCACUCCACUGCUGCCCAUGAAUCAGACUCCUCCUUUCGGAAACGCUGUAAAGACCUGCAUUCCGCUCUUAUCCAUAUCGAAAUCUUACCAGAUGAUAUGGUAUCAAAGUUCGACAUUGAUGAUGACAUUCAAAGAUUAGUCUCGGCAAGUUUUAAAGUCAUCAGUAUGGGCAGGCAUAUUAGAUAUUUAGUUCGGAACUCGGAGUCUCAGAUCUCAGAGUGGAUCGAGGGCCUGGAGGACCUGAAAUGGGUUUUCCAGGAGAUGCCUGCUUCUUUGAUGGCACAGAGCACUAGAGUCGUCAAUACCCUUGCCAGUUGCACACACUCCUGUUUAGAUAUUAUCGACAUUAUCGAAAGCACAUGCUUAUCUGCUACCGGUUUCUUCAGAAAGCCGCCUAACGAGCAUUUACUGAAGCAGAUUCUAGCUUCAAGUAACAACAGAGAUGAAGAGAUUCGGGCAGGGUUUGAAGCAUUGAAAAGGAGCAGAUCCGCCCUGAUAGGGGAGAUUGAGUUCUUGAUAGCUGACCUCACUCCUGACAUGUUUCCGAAGCUGAGAGACUCCCUCGAUUUGACUCCUGAAGAGGCCAAAUGCAUUGGGGCGCUGCGUAUGACAGACCCAAGUUAUGAUCGAGAGGGUAUCACGGCUGAUAAGGGAGAAAUCGUCAAAGGUACUUGCAAAUGGAUUUUGUCAACUCACCAGUUUGAAGAGUGGAUACAAAGCCCUGGAACUUCACGCACACUUUGGAUAUCGGCGCCGCCAGGGAUGGGGAAAACAUAUCUCUCCAUAUUCCUAUCUCGGCGCCUGCAACGCCUUUGUGGAGUUCAAGAAAACAGUAUUUCCAUCUUUUUCUUUUGCGACAACAGGGUGGACACACGGAACACGAGUAGUGGCAUACUCCGAGGGCUCAUAUACCAACUGACGCACUGGCGGAAAGAAUUGAUCAAGUUUCCUUUGCAAAAAUGGAGGGCUCAAGAUGGAGUAUUCUCUCAGAAUACCUCGUUCCAGUCCUUAUGGGAAUUAUUUGAAGACAUGAUAGACUCUCUGCCCGACACUACAGUAUAUUGCACUCUAGAUGCUCUAGAUGAGUGUGAAGCAGAGUCGAUGGUGUCGCUACUCAACAAAUUACAACGUCGUGUCGAAACGAAAUCCAAGUUUAAAUUUAUCGCCGUGAGCAGAAGACACCCGGAGCAUAUCGCAGAAGCUCUAUUUUCAUCUAUAACAGUUGAGAUAGAUGAUUCUGCUCAUGCCAGAGAUGAUGUUAAGCGUUACAUUUCGCAGAGAGUGCAUCAUUUGGCUCGGAUCAAACGAUUCCUGAAUGAGCCAUUGCAUCAUCAUAUUGAAGAGGUAUUUGAUACAAAAGCGCAGGAUACAUUCUUAUGGGUCAGCUUUAUGAUUCAUGACUUGCUUCAGAAGACCGUGGUUCAGAUAGAAGCCUCGCUGGAGAAGCUACCGACUGGUAUUAACGCUGUAUACGAUAGAAUCCUGGCUCAGAUUGGUACUGAGCAAGCAGAUACUGUAUCAAAGAUGUUGGGCUGGAUCACCCUGGCUGCAAGACCACUUGCUGUGUCAGAACUCUGUGAAGCAUUACGUAUCCAGUCCACGUCUCACCUUACUCGUGAGCGAGUUUGUUUGGAUUACAUAUUAUCUUGCGGAAACCUACUUCAAGUCACUGAAGUUUGGGCUCCGGAUAUCUGGACUGAGGUCCGCAAAUCGUACCAAGGCAUUGUUUCGGACAGCUCAGUGGAAAAUUCAGUAUCGUCUGAUCAGAAUAGAGGCAAAAACGAAGGGGAUGUUCAACUGCGGGUCACUCUUGUUCACCAGAGCGCCAAGGACUACCUCCUAGAAAAGCAAUCUCACAUUGGAUCGGCAUUCCACAUUGAUGACCCAGAAGCGGUGCACGAACAGAUUGCCACUAGAUUAUUGCUCGAGAUGUCGGGAGGAUGUUUAGGGAUUUCUACAUCUGUGGAGGAUUGGGAGUGGGCGAGGGUCUUUAAUUGGCCGCUUGCCGUUUACGCAAUCCGAAGUUGGGAUUUUCACUUCAACCAGAUUGCAGACUAUCAGGGGUUCGCUCGGAGGCAUGACGCAUUCUUUUCUGCAUCAUCUUCCCUUCGAGAAAAGUGGUAUCGUUGCCGCGCCAAUCUUUUUGUUAGAGCCUGGGUUCAUGAUUCACAGUGCGAUGAUCCGAUUCCUCUGUUGCACAUGGCGGUCGAACUUGACCUGGUAGGUGCCGCACGCCAGUUGCUGUAUCUACAAAAGCAGCAACUCGGGAGCAGCGAUUUCGAGCGCUAUGUCAACAGGCAGUGGGGCAACUUCCAAGAGACUGCGCUCCAUAUGGCCUGCGCCAUUGGGGGCAAAGAUAUGAUACAACUCCUCAUUGAAUAUGGAGCAGACGCGAUCGGCAUCAGGGAUGGGUACGGCGGCGCUGCGUUGGAGAUUUACUGUGUAAAUUUCGACGAAUGCGACCCUUUCAUCGAGAUGUCCAAAAGUGAAGGUGGCAAAGAAUUUUUGGGAGAAGAAGGAGGUAAUCUUCUCCGCGCUGCCGCAGCAAGAGGGCAUCGCAACAUCUGUCGCCUACUUGUUGAGAGUUAUGGAGUUGACGUGGACGAUACCGACCAAUCUGGAAACACACCUCUCACAUCGGCCCUUGAGCAUGACGAGCUCGAAAUUGCGCGGAUAUUUGUCAACGACUGGCAUGCAAGUCUUGAAUCGCACUGGGAGCUAGUCGAAUCCGCAGCACAAGGAUUCCUCAAAAACGACAAUAUUCAAAUUUUCACCGAACUCGUCAAGGUCUGGGGUGUUAAUAUUAAUGCAUGCGACCCCUCGACUGGUAAGGGUCUCAUGCAUGGCAGCCUCUGGAGCAGUAUCUCCAAAGAACACACUGCAAUCCUUUUGAGACUUGGUCUCGACCCAUCAAUACAAGAUCGACGGGGGACGUCAAUUCUACAUGCCAUAGUCAGCUUUCCAGAUGAGAUCAACAUAGAGGUAGUGCGACUGCUCCUCCAGGAUGGGCGUCUUAGACUCCCUGUGGCCGAUUGUAAGGGUCGAACCAUACUGCACAAAAGCUUCGAAUAUGUGAGAAGUCGCUAUUAUAUCGAAAGAGUCACACCAUUCGAUUGCCAGGUGAUAUGCAGAAAUAUUAGACACAUGCUAGACUUAGGGGUCAACAGGACCUCGGUGAAUAUCGACGGUGAAACUGCUCUGGAUCUAGUCAACGAUCUGUUAGACUACGCCUGGGAAGACUGCCCAGUGACAUCGGAGCCUUGUUCAACAAAUCAAGAAGAUGGUGCUGAGCCGGACAAUAAGAUUGGUUUCAUGCGCUAUGCUGAGAUUGAUUUUAUGCGCUAUGCCAAAGUUUUGCAAAAUUAUACAACAGUUCCUCUGUUUUCUGACGGGCCGCCACUAAUUGAGGCAAGCAUAGAGGCAACUCGUCUCCAACAGGAUAUAGACUCCCAGAAUCCGAGAAGCUUGAGUACAAGGGUCAUGAGAUAUUAUUCCCCAAGAUAUUAUGUCGGAAGAUAUUAUAGUGAAAAACGAUGGAAGAUUUCACCUAUAUUUAAGCGGAGGAGACCCUGCCUAGGCUGGUUGCGGUGA